CCGCCGGCUCUCAGCCGGGAGCCGCAGUUCCUCAGUUCCGGAGGCCCGCGGCGACACAGGCUCGGCGACAUGUCGAUGCUGGCUGAGCGUCGGCGGAAGCAGAAGUGGGCUGUGGACCCAAGAAACACUGCAUGGAGUAAUGAUGAUUCCAAGUUUGGCCAGAGGAUGCUAGAGAAGAUGGGAUGGUCUAAAGGAAAGGGUUUAGGGGCUCAAGAGCAAGGAGCCACAGAACAUAUUAAAGUUCAAGUUAAAAAUAACCACCUGGGACUUGGAGCUACCAUCAAUAAUGAAGACAACUGGAUUGCUCAUCAAGAUGAUUUUAACCAGCUUCUGGCUGAACUGAACACUUGCCAUGGGCAGGAAACAGCAGACUCCUCAGACAACAAGGAAAAGAAAUCUUUCAGCCUUGAGGAAAAAUCCAAAAUCUCCAAAAACCGGGUUCAUUAUAUGAAAUUCACAAAAGAUCAAAUCCAGAGCAAGGCCUGUAACAAUCCUGGUUUCUCCAUUUACUUAAGUGAACUUUGCUAAAGGAUAAAAAUUUCUGAUACAAGAACCCAUCACCAAAACUUUAGAAACACUUGCACUUGCAGUGGGAAGGAUCUGUCGUCUCGGAGCAAAACAGAUCUUGACUGCGUUUUUGGGAAAAGACAG